AUGGAAUACAACAAAAUUGAGAGGCUUCAUGAAGAUCAAUUUCAGGGCUUAGUGAAGUUGUUCGAGUUACACCUCUCGGAGAACAGAAUCGAGGCUUUGCCUGACAAGAUUUUCGAGGGCGUUAAGGACCUCAAGGGCCUAAGUAUCUUUGGCAAUAAAAUACAAAAUGUCACCAGCACGACUUUCAGUCAUGCCCGGGAACUGCGAUUUUUGUUCAUGCACUACAACCUGAUGGCUGAGCUCCCCAUAGGCUUCUUUGGGCUUCUGCCGCACAUUAUCAGAGUGUAA